GUUUGCCGCCAUUAAAGGGGUUAUCAGCUGAAUCAUCAGUUGCGUUGAAGUAGCAACCGCUCACUACUUCAAUGUCGACGGAGUCAACACGAUUUCUGAACGUGUUGUAGGCCGAGGCACAAAUAUCCAGGAUGUGCUAAUAAUACAGCAUUUUGAAAAUUGAUGUUGAUAAAGUGAGAAGAGGAAUAGGGCAUAACAGUGAACGAAGAUUACUUUCCGUUCAGCGAGUCACUGUAAAAACCACAGGUUUCGCAAUGAGCCCUACAAAAUUUCGACAUAAGUAUCCAAAUUCCUUACAUCAGUUUAUCAAAUGUGUAGCAAAACAAUAAUAUAUUGCGUGUAUGACAUCGUAACUUUUUAUAAUAUACAAACAUUAUACUUCAGAUCGUAAAUACCUUCAUACAUAGAUUUAGUGCAAAAGUUAAAGAUUACAAAGAACCUUAACAAAAUGAAGGAAUGCAAGCUGAAACGUAGAGUAUAAUAAAUCUCAAAUAUAAAAAAACUGGUAUAAUUCAGAACGCCUUAUAGAAUUAAUUAUUGCUCAAAAAAAAAUAACACGAGUAAUUUCUCAGUGCCAACAAAAACAACAAAGAAUCCGAGGGCAAAACAAGGACAAAACAGGCCAGAGGUUAAAUUCAGUAAAGCAAAAACUUGUAACUUUUACACAGAGGAAAUUAUGUCAUGACAAUUACAAACGUCUCACAAACACCAACACAAAAACAGGCCUCAAAACUACACUUAAAUAUAAAUUAACUGCAGACCAAUUCAAGGUCGAAUGAAUGUGGCAAUGCGGAAUAAGUAGGACGAGUAAAUUAAAAUGCAGCGAACACUUAAAGUGUCUUAAGUUACUAAGACCAGCACGCACUUUAAAAUCUAACGCACUCUUUUAUAAGAGAACUGUAAAAGAAACAAAAUUCACGACGUUCAGAUAUGCUGGAAUAUUACGUGAAUGCGUCAGAACCUUCGACUAUUAAAGUGGGCAACCAAGGAGCCAGACGCAACCUGCGAUACGAGUUGCUUAAAUAAACUGACGGCGCAGGCGCCGUAAGCACGACGCCAGUUUACGUGGAAACCAUGAGUCAGCAGGUAAGGAGGCGGCCGACCAGAGCAUCCUGACUUCCGAGACUCGACAGAGCCCAGGCGGUUCGGGCCAGGAAACGAUAAAUACGCGUCACCGAAACUUGUGGAAAAACAACAUGGAGAACAUUUCGUCUGUCCCUGAUUGGCUGGAUAAAGGAUUCCUGGAGUCUGUAAUUGGGAACGAGGUCAGUGGUUCAAAUAUCGUAGUAACAAAAUACGACGCCCGGCCUGCAGUUCCGAAAGGGGACCAUUUCUCCAGCUGUCUUCUGCGCGUCAAAGUGAAGUACUGCUUCAAAGAUGUGGACCACAUCGACUCCACUGGGAGCAGCAGCUUCAUAGUUAAGAGCCUUCCGACGGCCAAAAUCAUGAUUCAUCUUUUGACCGAGACAGGAAUAUUCCAGAGAGAAACAGACGUGUAUCUUCAAGCAUUACCAGCGAUGUACCGGCUCUCAGAACAGCUGAACGGCUCGAAGGCGCACCAUCUGACAUGCAGAUGCAUACACUCCGAACCUGACAUUCUCGUCCUGGAAGACCUUCGUGUUCUCGGCUACGAAAUGGCCGACCGCAGAAAAGGUCUCGACCUCUCCCACUGUCAAAUGGCACUGAGAUCUUUGGCACGUUUCCACGGUAUGUCCGUCGCACUUCACAAGAAGGACCCAAAAUCUAUGAGUUCAUUCAGUGAAGUUUUUUACAAAGAAAAGAAUCAUCCAAUUAUCAGCAGUUACAUGGAACCAGCCAUAAGGCGUCUGGCUUCUGCCAUUGCAAAUUGGCCCGGAUAUGAACGUUUCGAGGAUAAGUUAAGAGACUUAGCCGAAACAAGCUUUAUAAAGAUAACAGAAGUUGCAAGACCCAAAGACGGAUCGCUGUCCGUCUUAAACCACGGGGAUUUUUGGACGAACAACAUAAUGUUCAGGUAUUCUUCCGACCGCGACGAAGUUCUAGACGUAAAAUUUGUCGAUUUUCAAAUUUCACGGUUCACAUCGCCGGCUUUGGACCUUCAGUACUUCAUGUACACAAGUCCAAAUGAAGAAGUCCGCUUCGAACACACGGACGACCUCCUGAAUGCCUACCACGUCGAGCUGAGAGAGACACUGCACAUCCUGGGAUGUUCCGAUGUGGAAUUUACCUUCCAGCAGCUCAGAAAAGACUUUGAGGACAAGGCAGUUUUUGGGCUUAUUACGUCUUGUACUUUGCUUAACCUCAUACUCGCUGACCCGGAAGACGCCGUGGAUUUGGAACAUCUGACGCUGGAGGACAUGAGAGCUGUUGAAGACAAUCCGAUGGAGAAUGGAUUUUCGGGAUCUCUCUAUAGAGAAACGUUCCAAAAUAUUCUUCUUCAUUUCGAGAGCAAAGGUUUGCUUUAAGUUUGGAUAACCUCAGGCGACUCGUGACUUAUUAUAUGCCAACUGCCCACAGACGGCGUUCGAACUUUAGCUUACAGUUCUCAGAUACACGUACGAAAUAUAUUCCUCGAUUUAUCAAACAAAAGCCCUGUGCCAUUAGAAACACGUAAGAUUAUUUAAAAAAAAUUAGUCAAUAAAUAAAAGACGUCUGAACUGCCA